GAACCGGACUCUUGGGCACCGGCCGUGGGGGGCAGGGAGGAACGGGUCCUUGGGCCUGAGAGUGUGUCGGGACAGGGGCUGACCGGGAGCUGGGCGGGAAAGGAACCAUUGUCAGAGUUCCUUUCUCGGCGGCGAUCUCGCCCGAUCUCUCCCCGACCACGGGUGGGGAAGAACGGGGAGUUGAGUCCGUGCAGUCACUGGCCGCCUUUGACACCCUGGCUCCAACAUGGAGCUCCUGGGAUGCCAAACGUCCGGCGGGUUUGGACGGGCUCUUGCGUCACGCGGCCUGGGCCUUGCGCGGUGGGCCCGGGGUGACGCAGAGGCGCCGGGGAAGCUUUCCGUCUCGCAUGUCCACCUGGCCAGGGGAAGGCGUCGGAGGCGGGGGGACCACUUUCUCCCCCCUAGGCUGUGCUCCUUCCCCUAACUGGCACCUGCAGAAGCCCUGAACCUCUAGGACCUCUGCGACCACCCGAGGCGACCUUCUGCUCACGGGGGGAAGAAACGCGUUCUCCUUUGUGCUGCAUUCUAUAUGUUGUCUGCAGUGAGCCACAGAGAGGCAGGAAAUUUAAACAGGAGUUAAAUAUUGGAGUAUUCUCCGACGUUAUCACACUGGAACUAUUAGCCAUCAGGUAUUUUUGGACACAGUUGCCCCUCCGCCACGGCUGCCACUCAGAAUGAUAUGCCUUUGUUCACAAGAAAAGUGGCCAGCAUCGAAAUGUUCAGCCUUUUAGUGAUGAAGAUGCAUCAAUUGAAACAAUGAGCCACUGCAGUGGUUAUAGCGAUCCUUCCAGUUUUGCUGAAGAUGGACCAGAAGUCCUUGAUGAGGAAGGAACUCAAGAAGACCUAGAGUACAAGUUGAAGGGAUUAAUUGACCUAACCCUGGAUAAGAGUGCGAAGACAAGGCAAGCAGCUCUUGAAGGUAUUAAAAAUGCACUGGCUUCAAAAAUGCUGUAUGAAUUUAUUCUGGAAAGAAGAAUGACUUUAACUGAUAGCAUUGAACGCUGCCUGAAAAAAGGUAAGAGUGAUGAGCAACGUGCAGCUGCAGCAUUAGCAUCUGUUCUUUGUAUUCAGCUGGGCCCUGGAAUUGAAAGUGAAGAGAUUUUGAAAACUCUUGGACCAAUCCUAAAGAAAAUCAUUUGUGAUGGGUCAGCUAGUAUCCAGGCUAGGCAAACUUGUGCAACUUGCUUUGGUGUUUGCUGUUUUAUUGCCACAGAUGACAUUACUGAACUAUACUCAACUCUGGAAUGUUUGGAAAAUAUCUUCACUAAAUCCUAUCUCAAAGAGAAAGACACUACUGUUAUUUGCAGCACUCCUAAUACAGUGCUUCAUAUCAGCUCUCUUCUUGCAUGGACACUACUGCUGACCAUAUGCCCAAUCAAUGAAGUGAAGAAAAAGCUUGAGAUGCAUUUCCAUAAGCUUCCAAGCCUCCUCUCUUGUGACGAUGUAAACAUGAGAAUAGCUGCUGGUGAAUCUUUGGCACUUCUCUUUGAAUUGGCCAGAGGAAUAGAGAGUGACUUUUUUUAUGAAGACAUGGAGUCCUUGACGCAGAUGCUUAGGGCCUUGGCAACAGAUGGAAAUAAACACCGGGCCAAAGUGGACAAGAGAAAGCAGCGGUCAGUUUUCAGAGAUGUCCUGAGGGCAGUGGAGGAACGGGAUUUUCCAACAGAAACCAUUAAAUUUGGUCCUGAACGCAUGUAUAUUGAUUGCUGGGUAAAAAAACACACCUAUGACACCUUUAAGGAGGUUCUUGGAUCAGGGAUGCAGUACCACUUGCAGUCAAAUGAAUUCCUUCGAAAUGUAUUUGAACUUGGACCCCCAGUGAUGCUUGAUGCUGCAACGCUUAAAACGAUGAAGAUUUCUCGUUUCGAAAGGCAUUUAUAUAACUCUGCAGCCUUCAAAGCUCGAACCAAAGCUAGAAGCAAAUGUCGAGAUAAGAGAGCAGAUGUUGGAGAAUUCUUCUAGAUUUUCAGAACUUGAAGACUAUUUUCUAAUUUCUUUUUUUUUUUCUAUUUCAAUGUAUUUAAACUCUAGACACAGUUUUUAUCUUGGAUUAACUUAGAUAACUUUUGUAGCAGUGGUUAUAUUGCUUAUAAUUUAAUGUACAAUACUAUUGAAACUGGUGAGUUCUGAUUAUUAAAUAUUCUCUGUAAAUCAGUAAACAUGUAUAAAGUAUUUGUAAUGUUUGGUCAUAAUUUAUUUAUGAAGGCAGCAAAAGACUGAUUUCAUGAUGGGGAAAACAAUUAGCCAAAGUUUAAUUUCUUACACUGUGGUUGUCAAGAAUACUGAUUUACUAUAAUGAUAUAUACAUGCAAGAUAUUUAACUUAAUAUCUUAGAUAAGAGUUCUGGGUACAAUUUUGGGAUCUAGUUCCCCUGGAAAAGCUGCUGUAUUUUUAAUUUUUAAUGGAAUGUAGCUUUUAAAAUCCUGUCACUGGCAUCAACAAAAGGAAUUAUACUAUGAGACCUUAUAGCUGUACUUAAAAGCCAUUCAGUUCAGCUAUUGGGAGUUCAUGAUGAAUUAGCAUAUGCCAGAAAGGUUGCUAACCUUAACAUCUGAGAGCAGUAACACUGAUUUUAUCUGCUGUAUGAGACUUUGUGCAUUUUACUUUGAAAUAAAGAUUUUUUUCCACACUGAAA